AUGGCUAAAUUUGUUCAAUUCAACCAUGAAGAAGUUCCAAGAAAACUUCUUAAGUCAGGACAAUAUAUUAAAAUAGACGAAAACGGUUCCUCUAAAUACUCGAAAAUAGAUAAAAUUGAUUCUGUUAAAACUGGAAAACAUGGAUCUGCUAAGACAAUCGUUGAAUCUAAAGAUAUACCCAAUAAUGCAACAAGGUUUGUAACAUUAACCACAGAUGAUACAGCUGUUGUAGUUAAAAUGGUUAAAGUCACUACUAAAUUAAUCGAUUUUGUAGAUGGCAGUAUUAUUACGAUAAAAGAUGAAAACAAUAAUUUUAUUGAAUUUUAUGUAGACACUGAAAUGUCUGAACAGGAUAAGGAAAAGAUCCAAGAUACGUUGGAUGCUUAUCCUGAUUGUGAAGAAUUUGAUUUUGUGUUUAGAGCACUUCCUGGAUAUUAUAAAGUAGAUUCAAUAAAGCCAGCAAGAAAUUUAUAA